GUUUGGCUUCUCGUUCGUGCCUUGCCUGCCCACCAUGGCCGCCGCCGCUGCUUCGAAGCUGGUACGUAUCGACUCCAUGCAGUCGGCGAUGCCGGUGAGAAUGACGCCGCCGGGUCGGUCACGCCGUAUCUCCGCGGCCACCCCGCUCGGCCCCGACGUGCUGCAGAGGCGCUGCCAGGUGGUGCUGUACUACAGCAAGGUCGGGCAUGGGGAGGAGGCAGAGUCGCCGGCGACGGUCGGCGCGUGGAUGAAGGAGUCGCUCAGCGCGGUGCUGCUGAGCCACCCGGUGAUGGCUGGGCGGCUACGGAGGGACGAUGAGGGCCGCGGUUGCUGGGAGAUCAAGUUCAACGACUGCGGCGUCCGGCUGUUGCAGGCCACAGCCGAGGUGACUUUGUCCGAGUUCUUGUGCUCGGAAGACAGGGAUGAGAGGGAGGCCAAGUUGGCGUACUGGGAGGACGUGAACGCAGACAACCCAAACUACUCACCUUUGUUCUUCAUCCAGGUAACCCAAUUCCAGGGAGAUGGAUACUCCAUCGGGAUCAGCUGCAGCCUCCUCCUUGCCGACCCCUUCGUCUUGGCACGCUUCCUCAAGUCAUGGACUCGAACCCACACCACCAUGUUCGCCAAUGGCCAGCUCACCAAGCCCCCCAUCCACCUCUGCUAUUCCCAUACAUCCGGCCACCCGCCUUGCCACAGCAACUGUAACUCGACUGCAAUCUCUGCCACUGCCACCACCACCUUGUUCAAGGUCGCUCGGAACUCGUGCGCCACGAACGCCGCUGCGGCCACUUGCUUCCGGGAGGCCGCAAGAAAGCUCGGGACAAAGCCGGCGUCGAGUUACUCACUCAUGAUAAGCGAUCGCACCGUCUACCUGACCGUGGAGUCGGCCGGCUUCGACGAGGUCGCCGGUGGCAGCGCAACGGAAGUGGCAUGGCGUGACCAACUUGGGAUCGAGGAGAUAAGCCUCGUCGAGGCCACGAAACCUGUUCAUGCGUCGUGCCGGAUCGUGCCGUGUGCCGGCGAAACGCUGGUGGUGGUGAUGCAACCAUCAGACGAGGACGAGCUGAUGGUUAGCGUCACGUCGCCGGCUGAUAAGAUCUAAUUAAAGCAAGCUUGCGAGAUCAAACCAUUACGUCUAGUACUCUUCUGUCAUAUGAAAUAUCUACUUGAUAUAAUAUUUCAACAGCAAACGAGAUUGUGUAAA